GUUUACUUGCAUUUCUUUUCCUGUAAAACUUCUGCGAAAAGCUUUACUAUGCGUUUUCUGCGCGUGAACUGCAGCAUCAGCUGGGGAUCUCUACAUCAAGUCUUUCAAAACCGAAAUCAGAGUUUGAGAAAAUGUCCUCAGAAGGAACACAAAGUAUAGUAGGGAGUGAGGUGAUGCCCCUGGACUAUGGGAGCAUGGACUCAGAGAGUAGUCCAUCUCCAUCUAGUUCGGAAAAAACGGUGGAGGGGGUGAGAGGAGAUGAGGUGGUGGAGGUUGGGGGGAAUGAGGUGUUAGGGGUUGGGGUAGAUAGCAUACCCAUCACCGUAGUAAAAGUAGAGGGUAGAAGAGAGAGAGAUUAUGAUAUGAAUGCAGAGAUAGUGGAAGAGGCCAGCUGGGGUAGAGGAGAGAGCGUGUUCUGCUCCUCAAGACCAUUGGAUGCCCAUAUAUUCCAACUAUCUGAUAGCGGGAUUAAGGGGGGUAGUAUGAGGGAUAAGGGGUGGUAUUAUUUCACCCCUAGGGUAGCUAGUAAGGAGAGUAUGUCGUUGUUCACUGUAGGAAGAAGUGAGGAAGUUGGUGAGGAAGGGGGGGAUUUAUUGAACAUUUUGGACCUCACCAGCGCACAAUGCAUAGAAGCUGCUGAGCUCUAUGGGCCAAGCGCUUUAAGUGAAGCUGAAAUGGAUCAAUUUUUGAACACUACUGGAGGAGUGGCUAUCCUCAAGAAGCCAAGGAAGAAGUCAAAGACUUCAACCAAACAAGUGGAUGAGGGGAGGGCUAGGAAAGAGGUAGUGCCUACCGUUUCAACUGAGACGGAGGAGGAGGUACCACAGUUGAAGAGGAAGGGUUGGGAGGAGAGGUGGGCACUACAGAAGAAGAAGAAGGUGGUGGAGGAGGAGGAGAGGGCGGAUGAGGUACCUCAGUUUGUACCUCAGCCUCCUCCUGUUGAGCUGAACCCUGAGCUCAGACAGUUGGAGGAAGGGGCUGAGGCGAAGAACAUGACGGGGGCUAGGUGGUUCAUCAACAGCACCUUCCCCGAAGUGGACAGACACAACACGCGGGAUGAAGCUCUGAGGUAUGGUGGAGCGUCUGUUGUGAAGCACGUUCUAGAGAGCGCGAGCUGGGUGAAUGGUCUAGCCCAGGAGUUCAUGGAGAGCCUGAGGGAGCGCUCACUCUUGCAGAGGCAGUGUGACCAGUUGCAGAAGGAGAAGGAGGAGCUGGAAAAGAAAAAUAAAGAACUGCAAGAGUCGCUGAACGAGGUGGUUACAACUGUGAAACAGUUGGAGCAGGAGAGGGCUUCCCUGAGCACCAAGCUCGUCUUUGAGGAGAGCAAACGUAGGAUCUCUGAAAGCGAGCUUGAGGCUCAGGCGCAAGAAAUAAGGCUGAUGAAGGAGGCUUUCGUGGAGCUCAAGGAGAAUGUGAAGAAGGUGAAGGCAGAAUAUCCCGAAGUGGAUAUUACGAAGAUCACCUUCGGAGAGCAAGAAGAAGGAGUGGAAGAAGACGGUGAGAGCAUGUCAGCAAACUUCCGUCCUCAGAUCAAACUGAGGUGGGAGCAUGAUGCAAACGGACGUGCUGUUUUCCCUCCACAGUUCGACUUCGAGUUCGUUGCAGUGGAGGAAGAAAGGGCAGAGGUAGAGGAAGAUGAAGUGGAGGCAGGAGUGGAGGGAGCUGAAGUGGAUGAGAGCCAACCAAUCCCAGAAGUGGAGAUUCAUCCAGUUCCUUCCGACGAUGAGCAGCCUCCUUUGCCAGACGAGCAGCAGCCAUCACAGCCACCUCCUCCAUCUGAGCAGGAGCCAGUGGAGCCACCUCUUCCAGCGGAGAAAUAAUUUUGUUUUUUAAUUUUUUGUAGAAUCAUUAAAUAAUUUGUAACACUAUUAUUUCGUUAAAUGAAAAUUCAGUUUUGAAAUUGUACAUUUGCUUAUGUUUGCUUUAUAUUUUUGUUAUCUUUUACGAAUAAAAGAACUGAGAGUACUUGAGACUUGAUUUGAAAGAAAGCUAACUACUUCAG